AUGGACCAACUUACUGAUGAUGGAUAUUUCAAUUUUCAUGAACAAGAGAUUCCGACUCAAUUUCGUGAUGGACGUAUGCAAAAUAUAGACCUAAAUGAAACACCAAAUGGGGAUGGAUAUUUCAAUUUUCAUGAACAAGAGAUUCCGACUCAAUUUCGUGAUGGACGUAUGCAAAAUAUAGACCUAAAUGAAAUACCAAAUGGUGAAGAUGAUAAUACUAUCAGAGGAAAUGGACCACCAACUAAAAAACGAAAGUUUUUGUCAAAUGAGCAACGGCAUGCAGUUUACGUAGCUUUACGAGCAAAAAGUGUGAAUGGAAAGAUUAGCAGAACAGCUACGGAAACUGUUGCAUCAGUAUUAGGUGUCUCAAAGCGUGUAAUCCAGCGUAUAUGGAAGCAAGCAAAGGAUACAUCAAAUAAUGGUGGUACACUCGAUGUAUCUCACAGACGGAUCAAAAAUUGUGGACGUAAAAAGGUGACCAUUGACAUGCAACAAUUUUCCCGUAUACCUUUAGCUAAAAGGACAACUCUCCGCUCAAUGUCUUAUGCCACAAAAAUAAGUAAGACUACAUUGCAGAGGCGAAAGGAAGAUGGCACGCUAAAGCGACAUUCAAAUCCCAUUAAGCCAGUUUUGAAAGAAGAAAAUAAGAGGGAAAGGUUACAAUUUUGUGUCUCUAUGCUAGAAAAAGAAAGCAUACCACAUGAUCCACAAUUCAUCAAUAUGAAUAAUAUUAUUCAUAUUGAUGAAAAAUGGUUUUACUUAACCAAGAAAAAAGAGAAUUAUUAUAUUCUUGCAAAUGAGAAGGAACCUUACCGUACUUGUAAAAGUAAAAAUUUUGUAGGCAAAGUUAUGUUUUUAACAGCUGUGGCUCGGCCAAGGUUUGAUGCUCAAGGAAAUGUGAAGUUUGAUGGAAAGAUUGGAACUUUUCCAUUUAUAACCAAGGAGCCGGCGAAGAGAAGCAGUAUAAAUCAACCUGCGGGCACCCUAGAGACCAAGGCCAUGACUUCGGUUGGAAGAGAUGUAAGCAGGUUAUUUUUGAUCGAGAAAGUAAUACCAGCAAUCAAAGAGAAAUGGCCAAAGGAAGAUAUUGGGAUGGAUAUUUUUAUACAACAAGAUAAUGCACCAUCACAUGUUGAUCCAAGUGAUCCUGAAUUUUGCCAAGUUGCAGCACAGGUAGCACAAGAAGCGGGGUUCAAUAUCCAUCUAAUGUGUCAACCUCCUAAUUCACCAGAUCUCAAUGUCUUAGAUCUUGACUUUUUUAAUGGUAUUCAAUCAUUACGAGAUAAGGAAUCUCCAAAAAAUGUUGAUGAGCUUGUUAAUGCGGUUGAAAAAGCAUUUGCAGAUUUCAGCCCCAAGUUGUCUAACUACAUUUUUUUGACAUUACAAUAUGUCAUGGUGGAGAUUAUGAAAGGUGAUGGUACAAACGAUUACAAAAUUCCUCACAACAAAAAAUCUAUUUUGGAAAGAGAAGGACGACUUCCUGUUCAAGUUAAAUGUGAAGCAGAGCUGGUCAAGAAUGUGAUCCAGAAGUUACAAAGUUAA